AGCAUAUCCGCGCUCAGCCAAGUGUUAUACCCGGUGGGAGGCAGACCAUUUUCAAAACAUAUCGCCCAGACGUCGCAAUGUAGUGGUUUCUCACGCUAAAACUAAACGCUCUUUCAUAGAAUAAAUCAGCAAUUGAGAUGCGAUCGUGAUAAGCUCGGCCCAUCUGAUAUGCUGUCAUAUAUAAAUAAGUUGUCCACCACAUCAGACACAGCGGAGAUGAAAUCUGCUCUUAGGGCUACCAAUGACUUCAGGGUUGGGCCUAAAUUGUACAGUAAAAACUACAACCAACGGGCGAGUUUCCCACCAGAAGCUCUGAGCUCAUUGGGAGACUCUGCAUCAGAGGACAGAAGACUAUACGACACACGAGUAAAGAUCAACAUAAGCGGAAAAGUGUAUGAAACUCUGUAUUCGACAUUGGCGAAAUUUCCAAACACCCUUCUUGGAAAUCCCUCUAAAAGAGAGCAAUACUUUGAUCAAACGAGACAAGAGUAUUUCUUUAAUCGGAAUCGCAAUGCUUUUGAUGCAAUUUUGUUUUAUUACCAAUCGAAUGGUCUUCUCACGCGACCAAAUAACGUCAGAUUGCAAGAAUUUUGCGACGAGCUGAAUUUUUUUCAAAUCGAGGAAGAAAUUGUAAAUGAGUUCAAACGAGACGAGUGUGGAAUCGAAGAUGAAGACGAUGAAGAAGUCGUUCUGCCAUCAAAUGCUAUCUUAGCCAAACUAUGGCUGUGGUUGGAGUAUCCCAAGUAUUCUAAAGUUGCUAAACUUUUUGCUGUUUUCUCCGUUACUUUUAUCGCAAUUUACAUCUACGUUCUAUGCGCGGAGAAAAUUGAUGGCGAUAGAACAGAUACAAACUCAACAGAGUCUUCUGGGUACCAGGGGAAACACUUAACAUCAAUGCACGACAUUUUGGAAUCAGUUUGUAUUUCUUGGUUCACCUUAGAAUUCAUCUUACGACUCAUUUCAUGUCCAAACAAAUUGCGAUUCAUCCUCAACAUUUUGAAUAUAAUAGAUCUAGCCUCUAUUCUGCCAUACUAUUUCGAGCUCUCUCUAGGUGAAUUUGAAGGUGAUAACUUUAUCAACGCCACGAGACUCCUAAUAAGAGUUUCCAGGUUGUCUAAACUAGCCCGACAUCUGGACGAGCUUACAGUUCUCGCUAAAACAGUGCGCUCGACUUGGCGAGAACUUGUCAUGAUCUUGUUUUUUAUUCUCAUAACUACCGCUAUUUUUUCCGGGUGGACAUUUUAUGUGGAGUAUGAGGAGCAAAAGUCGUUUUCCAGUAUCCCCGCUACAGCUUGGUUUGUGAUCAUUUCAAUGACAAAUGUUGGAUACGGGGACAUGGUUCCAGUGACUCUGAUGGGGAAGUUACUCGGUGCUAUCUGCGCUAUAGCAGGUUUAUUAGUAAUCGCAUUACCCAGUCCCAUCAUAUUCACGAAAUUUCGUCUAUAUUACGAGAAGGAAAAGAGGAAAAAAUUGCCCAGUUAUAAAUUGUAGUCUCGGUUACUUCCGUAUCAAAUACACACUCUAGCGUACAUCAUCAAAGUGCGGGGGUUUUCACUAAUAAAAGGACGCGCGGAAUAAUUAUGAAUAAAAAAGAGAGUGUUAACUAUAACUGGAGCUCGUGAUUAAACAAAGAAAAAAUAUCUCAUGUUUUUUAGAUGGCAUCAGAACUUUGAAAUAUGAUCUUCUUGCAACAAAUUGCAAAUAGAUAUCAUUUUGGCUUGUAACACACCGGAACGUUUUACUGAUUAAAAUAUCAACUGA